CCUCAUUCGUGUAUGCAACGCCCUUACUCCCUGUGUCCUAUUGGCUAAUGGACCCGUUCAAGCUACUUCAGCAGAAAUGGAACCCUCCGGCCGACCCAGACGUGUCGUUCGCAGGUAAGACCGUCAUUGUCACAGGCGGGAGCAGCGGACUUGGCUUUGAAGCGGCUCUCAAAUUCGCCCGGAAGGGCGCCUCCAAAGUUAUCCUAGGCGUGCGUUCUCUAGCAAAUGGCCAGGUCGCGAAGGACGCUAUCGAAUCUAAAACCGGACGAAAGAGUUCGGUCGAAGUCUGGGAGCUCGAAAUGGGGGACUACGACUCUAUCAAGGCAUUCGUGAAGAAGGCUGAAGGCCUUGAGAAGGUUGAUAUUGUCGUCCUCAAUGCUGGUCUCCUUGCCAAGGACUACCGAGUGGGAAAGUAUGGUUGGGAGGCUACGUUACAGGUCAACGUAUUGUCAACGUCGCUUCUGGCUAUACUCCUCCUGCCGAAGCUUCGCGCUUCCAAAACCGCACAUUGGACGCCUGUCAUUGAGAUUGUUUCAUCCGGUCUACAUGCUAAGGUCAAUGUAUCCGAGGCCGCUGAGAAUGCCCCGCUCGAGGAGUACAACAAACCAGAAGGCUUUGAAGGUCAACAGCAGUACAACAGAUCCAAACUAUUGGUCCAGUGCGUCGUCCGGGCCCUUGCAAAACGCUUGCAGCCGAAUGAAGAAACCGAUCCGGAGGUGAUUAUCACGAGUGUGUGCCCCGGCGCUUGCGCGACAGGUCUUGGUCGCGAGCUCAUGACCAACUUCUUCAUUCGGAUGGCAGCUGCCGUCUUCUUCGCUCUCUUCUUCAGGACGGCUGAGCAGGGCGCUCGAUCCUUCGUCAGCGCGACUAUUCAAGGCAACGCCGCCAACGGACGUUUCUGGAAAAAUGACGUAUUUCAGCCCGACGCAGCUAAUAUUUCAGGCGAAAAGGGCGAGAGGCUGGUGGACUUGGUUUGGUACGAGGUUGUGCGGAGUUUAAGCAAGGACGUUCCAGAGAUAACAGGUCUCGUGAAUUAGGGUGAUGACUAUUUUAAGGGGGUAACGAUAUUCGGAUGUCAUCUUUGACGGGACUAUGAUUUUUGACAAUUUUGUUUAUGACCUUGUCAUCUUCCGUAGUAUUUACAUUUUAAGAUUUAGCGCAUCACUUGAUUGAUCAUAUUGUAAGUCAAACCAUAGCGCAAAACCUAGCCCUGGUUUAAUAGUUUCAAUUUUCUAAAAGGAGAAAUCACACAUGAAACCAGUUGAACAUAUUCC